AACAAUCAUUUGACACGUACUUACAGCCACUGAAGGUUCAAGCACGUUCAUCUUAGACACAUCCUCCGAAUAGUCUGUGCUGCUAGUUUGACGAUGAGAUUUGUACUGUCGAUUGUGCUGCUAGCCGCGGUGGUUUGCGGAGAGGGAGAAACCCCGACCGCCCUUGAAAAGAUGAAGACAUGUAUGCAGAACAGGGGGACAGUCACUUUAAAGAAGCUCGGAAAGCUGUUCACACAGAUGGACUCGGACAGGUCGUGGUACCUGACGUGUGAAGAGUUUACCGCGGGCGUCGGGCGGCGAUGUGCUGACGUGACCACCGGGGAACUGCAGAGUCUCUGUGAACUCUUCGACACGGAGUCGGAAAUGUCACCAGCCAACACGAUCACAUAUGACGAAUUUGUACACCAUUUGCAAUAACUGCUUAUAUUGAAAGCAAAAUAUUAAAUAACAGCCCAUCUGACUGGGCAUGUUUCCGUUAAAUAAACCAGUAUAUCACAAA